AUGGUGCCAGUGUCUAUUCUUAUACACCGUGCAUUAAGGUUGGAAGGAGAGGAAAAAGAGUUUUGGUUUGUUGUAAAUGGCGUGCCCAUCAGAUACUCAAUCCAGGAACAUGCCAUUAUCUCCGGCUUAAACUGUGACAACUAUUCGGAGGGCUGGACUAAACGUAAGGGAAGCGAAUAUCGGAAAAAAACAUUCGGAACUUCAAAAGUGACCAUAGAAGCCGCAUUAAAGAAGUUGCGCGAAACUCCACAUGCAAAUGUGGAGGAAAGAAAGAGAUUAGCGAUAAUUGUAUUGCUAGGCGGAGUUUUAGCUCAUGGUGCCAAGAGCAAUGAUGUCAUAAACAAUGAUUUAGUGGACAUGGUCGAAAGUCUGGACUUCUGUGAAGGGUUUCCGUGGGGAAGAUACACCUUCGAUAAGAUUAGCGAUCAGAUUCGGAAAUUGUAUAAUAGCGGCCCUAAACCGAAGGACAAUUGGCAUUGUCCAGGAUUCGUAAUACCACUUAUGUUUCUUCCUUUCGAAUGCAUCGAAAGUUUAGGCGCAAAUGGAUGGUAUAUCGAUGUUGAAGGUGCCGAUCCGACUUGUCCUAGGAUGUGCAAGAAACGCAUCAAACCGGAUCUUUUUAUGAUAUAUGCAAAGGUGUAUAAACAGAUUGGCGAUACCUCAAAGGGAUUUCGAAGUGUUCUUCAAAUAGACAACAAUGAAGAACAUAUUCUUUUGAAUGUGUAUGCUGAGCCAAGCAGUCAUCCAGUUGUGCAGAGUUGGAUGCAACGGUUGAACGAAGAUCCGACAAGUAUUUGUUUCCAGAAAAUUCUUGCGCUCGAUGUGGAAAGAAUUUUGAAGAGGGCAGGCGUUAGUGUGGAAGUAUUGAACUGGUCUGACAAAAGUGAGAGUUCUUCACCACGUGAUGCUUCAGUGGGGAGAUCGUACAACAGGAAUAUUGACUUCCUAUUCAAACAUCGUGCUUUCCAGCCAAAUGAGAUUUUCUCACCACCCGAGCAAGAUUCACAUGAGCAAGAAGCUGAUAAUGAAAAGAUUUGUGGCACUCCGAAUAAUUCUGAUGGUGAUAUGGAGGAUGAUGAAGAAGGGAUUUCUGCUACUCCUCCAAGGCAUAUCGAGAUUGAUGUUGAGCAUGUCGAUGAUACUGGAGACCUACCUCCUAAGGAGGAUGCAUCAAAGAAGGAUGCAGAUGAUGCAUCAGAGAAAGGUGUGGAGGAUGCAUCAGAGACCAAUAAAGAGAAUGCAGAGGAUAAAUCUGACAGCGGUGUGGAGGAUGCAUCAAAGAAAGAGGAGAAAAAUGCAGAGGAUGCAGAGGAUAAAUCUGAGAGGGGUGUGGAGGAUGCAUCAGAGAAAGGUGAGGAAAAUGCAAAGGAUGCGGAGGAGAAGAGUAUGGAGAAUGCAGAUAAUGCAUUAGAGAAGUCUGAUGAGGAGGAUGCAUCAGAGAAAGAUGAAGAAGAGAAGGGUGCAGAGACGGAUAAAGAAAAGAGAGACCAAAAACCAAAGGUGGACAGCGAAGGUUUCGCUACGAUCUCUGAACCUCUUGUACCAAAAGAGAAGUCGGUUUAUAUAUGGUGCCCGAAAGAGCCCGUAAUUGAUGGUUGUCCCUUCCGCGAUGAGAGUUUUGUUCAAACAAGCACCCUCAAAGCUACCGCGCUGUUCAACUUUAUGAAAAAACCAAGUGAAGAGAGACUUUGGAGAUCCGGUCUGAAUGUGAUUAGGCCAUCACAGUUUUGGGAAGAUCUUCUAAUGGAAGGCAUAUGGCUCGAUAACAACCAUAUGGACGAAGCAUUACAUGAGAUACGGAACCGUAUUGUGAAUAGUGGAAGUGCACAAGAAACGCGGACGUCCUUCUUUCUUUGCGAUGUUCAAUGCAUUGAAAACUUCAAAUGGUGGGAAUCGGGCCGGACAGAGCUCGGAGAACUUGAAAAAUACAUCAUUGGCGAGUUACCGUUUGAUGGUAGGAAUAAAAGAUUGGACCGGUACAAAGGUUUCGUUAGUGUGGUGAACAUUCCGUCUUUGCAGAAUCGUUAUGUUAGCGUCCACUGGAUCACCAUUAAAGUGGACUUUCAGGAAUCAUUGAUUCAAGUAUUUGACUGCAACCGGAAGAUGAAGGAAGCGACACUUAAAGUCAUAAGUCAUUUAUCCAGUGUCAUUCCAGAGAUCUUUGCAUUGUGCGGUAGCGGAUUCAUUGACUUCACAAAGAAGUUUAUGAUUGAUAUUGUCAAAGACCUACCUCAUAAUGAAACCGGAAAUGAAUGUGGCUUGUACUCGUUGAAGUUCGCGGAAGCACUCAUGAAGGGUGAAGAAAACCUAUUGUCAGAGGUCAAUGAUCAAGUGAUGUAUUAUGUACGCGAAAAGAUUGCAGCUGAUAUAUUUGCUAAUGGAGAGAUAGUCACGGUGCAUCCAUCUUAG